GCCAUAAUCUUUGGCAGCCCUUAACAACAACAAUAACAACAUGGAGUGUGUCUUGAGGUCCACAUCAAGAUGUCUCUCCUUUCACUCCCAUAUUACUAGACUUGCCGUCACUCAGCCAAAAAACAGGCAGUUAUCAACCAAGUCACAAGGCUAUGAACCAAUUAGUAUGGCUUACACUUCCUUUCAACAAACUGGACCUGAAAAAAUUAGCAAGGAGCCCCCAGUCAUUAUUAUGCAUGGCUUGAUGGGCUCCAAAACUAAUUGGAAGUCACUAGGCAAGGCUAUAAAUGCAAAAACUGGAAGACAUGUUUACACAGUAGAUGCCCGCAAUCAUGGUGACAGUCCUCACACAUCUCAGUUUUGUUAUCCCUUAUUAGCCAAAGAUAUAUUGUUCUUCCUUGAAGAACACAGCAUUUCUAAAGCAGUGCUUAUGGGCCACAGUAUGGGAGGUCGAGCUGUCAUGUCUGUGGCACUGAUGCAGGUAUAGUAGUACUCAUCAUUUUAUUAUACAAAUUUAACACCUCAUUCAGGUAUUUAAAUUUGUAGCAAAAUUAUGGCAAAUAGCUGCAGUACUGUAAUAUGAUAUGUAACAUUUAAGUCAAAAUAGUUUUGUUUUUACGAUUAAAUUUUUUGUUUUUGUAAUAGGAUUAUAAUCCAUUUUAAAUGUCAGGUUGGUGCAAAAUUUUUCUUAAUCUGAAACAUAACCCUACUCGUUUCUGUUGCCAGAAAUGUAUUAAAAAUGCUGCACUGUAUUGUUUCUAUCAAACAGGAUUUGUGUACAGUAAUGUUAAAUUGCAAAAAAAUCUUAAAUGAGGUCAGGGAAUUCCUCUCUCUCAGCUUGUGUGAAAUAGGUAAUUCUUCGUGGCUAAGCAAAACCAAGGUACUAUACCAUGUUUAACUCUUUCAUUGUUGCAACCCCCAAAAUUCAAAAUCCCAUCAGUGUUGCAGUUCUUUGAAAAGUAUACAUACAGUAAGGCCCCGCUUUACAGUGUUUCGCCUUACUGCGUUCCGCUAAUACAGCGAUGUCAAAUUAUGACCAAAAUUUGCUAUACGUCAAGCGGUCUUUCAAAUACGGCGCCCCCACCCGGUUUGUUUACAUUUUCCGUGACCUCAUCUAUUAUGUCAGAAAACUUUACAAAAUUUCAAGUGUUUUAAAGUUACUGCAUAUUUUAUAUGUACAGUACUCUGAUAAUUAUACUUAAGUGUACCUGUAUCUAAAUAUACUUACACACUGUGCUGGUGUGCAGGUACACAUUAAAAUCGCUAAGUCUCUCUCUACUCAUGACGCCAAUACUAUGUAAUAAUAUUCACUCUUGGGCACACUAAAUGUCUUAUUUUACAUCAAUAUAGGCAUUUUCAUUAAUCCAUCUAUGAUAUUUUCCUCAAAAUUAUAUAUGAAACCCAUUACAUACCAUAUCAACAUGAUACAUACACUCACAGAAUAAAAAUUGAUGUAAAUAUGAGAUUUGUUUACAAAGCAGCUGUGUAGGUAGUGUCGAAGAAUUAUGUUUUCUCUAGUCAAACUGGGGAUACCUGUAGAAAAAUAUUCUUUUCAUAUGCCUUUACUCUAUAUAUAGCAAUUCAUGACCCUUGUGGGUUUAGUGCUUUUUAUAAUAAAUAAUAUUAUUAUUAUUAUUAUUAUUAUUAUUAUUAUUAUUAUUAUUAUUAUCUUCAUUCACUCUAAAAAUGGUGUGUUGCUGUUUGUUUAUUCUGAACUAACUUGUACAACUUGUACACAAUGUAAGAGCAUUUGUAUUGUGAGGUAAAUAUAAUUAUAAUAAAAAAUAAUGAGGUAAAUGUUUUACAAACUUACAAAUGGAGGUGAAUGAACUAAAAGUAGACACAUAUUAAUACGCAUUUAUUUCGCCUGACCAAGUGAUCGUACACUACCUGUUCAGUUUGUGUUCUUACAUUGUCUCAACUCUGUAUCUCGUUCUCUCUCUCUCGUUUACUCUUUCAUUAACUAGUUGGCUGUCAUUGACGAUGGCGUCUAAGCUUAGCUGUGAUAAAAAGAGAAGUCGUAAGCCUCUUGCUUUAAGUGCCAAGUUAGAGGAUGAUGGUGUGCCAUUCUGAUUUUAUUCAAUA